UUGCAUAAUACAUAAUUUGAAAUUAAAACAUUCCCGGCAUCUAAAUUAACAGUGGUUUUUGUGGAAAGACGUUUUGCAUUACACAAUGUCAAGCGAAUGAAGACAGCAUUUCUAUGUCUAAUAACAUUUUGGGGAUUUCUUAUGCAAUUCUUGCAGGUUCCGCUUUGAUAAGCUAUUCGAGGAUCCAUCUAGGCAGUUAUGCAAGAUUCGCGUACAUGGGUCUUAUAUCCAACGGCAUUUUAGGGCUUUUCAAAUGGGGAGGGAUAGAAUUCGACGGGUUCGAUAAAGCGUAUAGAAUAAUCGAAGGGAUUCAAGAUUUGUUCCUUCUUCCCUGCAUAGCGUCGUCCUUAUGGGUAGCAUACCAUUACAUGAAGGAAAUCGGCCUGUUCAACAUUUUAGUAUCCUUUUCUCCUCUGAUGACGUUACUUUUGGAAAAUAAGCCCGUAAGUGAGGAAUAUAAAAACGCCAUAAUUGUCGUUAAUCUGACCACUCUUGCCGUGCUGAGUCUAGUGCAUAAUAAUUUCAAUGGAUUAGCGGUCACGGCCCUUUACUUGUACAUACACACGGAUAUGGUGAGAAAUAACAGAGGUCUGUUCGGUUAUAAUUUCCAGGAAAGUUAUAACUGUGCUCUCGCUUUAUUCGCUAUAGCAAGCUGUGAAAUGAUUAUGAGCGCAUAUUGAGGGAG